ACUAGAGAAACAAAGGCCAUUAAACAAAUGGUGAGUGAAAAAGUAAAAAUGAAACUGUACAACGCUGCAUCACAAGGAGAUGUAACAACACUUGUGCAUCUACUUGAAGAACAUCCUUAUCUUGUUCAUGGACUCUCAUUUCCAUGUUCAAGAAAUCUUCUACACAUCGCAGCAAUGCAUGGACAGACAUCCAUUGUUGAACAAGUGCUCAACCUUAAUCCGGAGCUAGCGCGUAUUUCUGACUCCCAAAAAUCAUCGCCUCUCCACAUUGCAUCAGCACGAGGCCACGUCGAGAUUGCCUCGAAAUUGCUGGCAGUAGCCCCGGAGAUGUGCUGGUGGCGCGACAAACAAGGCAUGAAUCCAGUUCAUGUCGCAGCCAUGAAUGGGCAUGUCGAGAUUCUAGAACUUCUCCUCCUAGAUAGUUGUAUGCCCGCAAUGGAGAGACUCCACCGCGGCCAGACUGUGCUGCAUUUGUGUGUGAAACAUGCUCAGCUUAGAGUGUUGAAGGUUUUGGUGGAAAAGUUGGGAGAGCUUGUGUGUGCAAAGGAUGAUGAUGGGGAGACAUUAUUGCAUUUGGCUGUUAGGGGCAAUCAACUUGAGACUAUACAAUACUUGGUGGAAAACCAAGCCGUAGAGAAGCAAACACGAAAUUCCAUGGGCAAAACUGCCCUCCAAAUCCUGAAGGAGGGUCCUCCGACCACCGCGGCCACCUACUUACAGAUGAAAAACCUAUUAAUAAAUCUCACAAACGACUCAUUAAUGGAAGUCCUCCCCAAGAUGUCUGACGUCACAAUGGUGGUGGUGAUUCUGAUUGCCACGAUGGCCUUUCAGGUGGCUGUCAGCCCCCCAGGCGGCGUAUGGCAAGAUGACAAAUCAUCACACAGAGCCGGCGAAGCAGUGCUGGCAACCACUAAUCCCAAGGUAUACAGACACAUGGUACGCGCCAACACCACAGCCUUCGUGUCAUCCCUCAUCACAAUCUUCCUCGUCACCACAGGGCUCCCGGCUACGCACUUCUUCUUCAUGGCAGUGGCCCUUUACGCGAUGUGGGUUGCGCUAAUGGCCAUCGCAAUCAGCUAUGUGAUGUCGGUGGAUGUGACAACUCCGAAUCAGAGGAUGCAUUCGGUAGGAAACGUGAUUAUGAUGGUGGUGGCGGGGGCGCUGAACAUGUUCGGAUGGGUAUUGGUGUAUGUUGCUGUAAGGCAUUUGUAUCGGUCAUGGAAGAAUAAGAAGCGACGGCAACAAGAUCUUGGUGGUGAUGCUUUCAUACGACGCGUUUUCUAUCGGAUUUUUCACCUGUUGGAGACGAGGGGUUUUUCGAGAGCCGACCGUUGAUUUGAAAAAGAUGAUUUUAUUGUUCAAAUUUCAAAUGUUCCAUUAUAAAUGAUCUAGUAUGAAUGUGUGAUGUCCUUAUAGAUCGAUCAGAUGGUGUUUAAGGAGGUAAUUGUGUAUGUAGUAUUUAAUUAUGCGUGUGUGCAUUAUAUAAGUAUAUGAAGUAUAUGUGCAAGGUGUGUAUUGUGUGCGUGCACGGUGUGUGAAUUGUGUGUUGAGAAGUCCCCCCCAUAAUCUUGUUUCCCGUGGGAGGGCUGAGCUUAGAUGGAGUGAUCGCAUCAAUCGACUUUAAGAAGGUGACGAUGACAGCUAUCCCAUGGUGAGGAUGGACACCAAAAUGAAGGCUACUGUGUAAUUUUCCAGCUGGACCCUGAAGGUGAAGAGGUACAUCGCCGUCAUGUUGGCGAACCUAAUGAUCAUGUAAGCAGUGGGAUUGGUGGAUGCCAUCACAGCCUGCCCGGCUCUUCGAGAGUUCUUGGGGUCGUCAUCAGCCCAUACUCCGCCCGACUGGAAGGCCAUCGUGGCGAUCAGGACUACCACCACCAUCAUGGUGUUGCUCAUCUCCGGGAUCCCUUUUAACAUUCUAGAAUUUCAACAUGCCCAUUCAUGGCUGCAACAUGAACCGGAUUCAUGUAGCCAGCAAUUUCGAGGCAAUCUCGACGUGCCCUCCUGCGGCUGCUACAUGUAGAAGAUUUCUUGAGCAUGGAAAUGAGACUCCAUGAACAAGAUAUGGAUCUUCUUCAAGUAGAUGUACAAGUGUUGUAACAUCCCCAUUUGAUGCAGCGUUGUAGAGUUUCUUUUUUCUACUUCUUCACUCACCAUUCUUUCUCCCACUAAUUAUUUCUUCUUUUUUUUUCUCUCUAGUUUAUAUUUUCUUCUUCUUCUCAACCUCUCUGUAUACUUAAUUCACAAAAGAUCGAUGUCCACACAGCCAAAGAGCCCAUGGUCUAAGGUUGGCUCACAAGCAAGUUCUACCUAAUUUCCUUACUACUUCACAAUAUAUUCCGAUGUAACAGUUGCAUUUUCAACACAGCUGCCUCA